ACGGCAAAAUUCUUGAUUUCUUCAAUGUUUCUACUUUGGAUGACGGCGCGAUUUACAAUAAUUAUAAGAAGGUAGAUUUGGAGAAGAAAGAGAGUGUGAGAAAGUGGGGUCGAGAUUUCGUGUUGUUUUCGUGUCACAAAAAUAUAGAGAGAAGAAGGAUACGGAUCGGGAAAAAGAUAUAUAUAUAUAUAUAUAUUUAUAUAUAUGCACAUAUAUAUCCGGAGCAGAAGACAGGAAGAAGGAGGGGGUCAAAAAUCAUGGAGUUUUUGUUGUAGCACAGUAUUCAUCAAGCUUUCUGUACUCAAGAGCGACCUUGCGAGAGAGAGAGAGAGAGUAAACCCAUUUUCUUACCCUCUUUUAUAAUUUUAUUUUCUUUUUUUAUCCCUUUCUUCUCUCUCUUUCCUCUCUGUGAGUGUGGUGUGCAAUACAUUUCCAAAUCUAAGGAACCUCUCACAUCACAGCUGUAUCAUCCACCAAACUGCACUGGCAGAAUUUUUUUUGUUUCUUCUUCAGAUUUUGGCUUCUGAAGCUGCUAAUCCUUGUUUACUUCGAAGAUCUACUCGGUAUUAUUGACCUUGUUGGAGUACCCCUGUGGUUGGGUUGGGUUGGGUGCUGGGAAUUCCAAGCAUCGUUCUGCAAAAGUUAGGGUUGGUUCGUCGCCAUGACGGGGUGGCGUGAGGGGAUGUCCUCUGAUAAUAUUAAGGGCCUUUGCCUCGCGCUGUCGUCUAGCUUCUUUAUCGGUGCCAGCUUCAUUGUCAAGAAGAAGGGGUUGAAGAAGGCUGGUGCUAGUGGAAUCAGGGCAGGAAGUGGAGGCUAUUCUUACUUAUAUGAGCCACUUUGGUGGGUGGGCAUGAUAACGAUGAUUGUUGGAGAAAUCGCUAAUUUUGCAGCUUAUGCAUUUGCUCCAGCUAUAUUGGUGACCCCACUUGGUGCACUCAGCAUUAUUAUCAGUGCUGCACUCGCUCAUAUUAUUUUAAGAGAGAAGUUACAUGUAUUUGGCAUUCUUGGUUGUGUUUUGUGCGUUGUGGGUUCUACAACAAUUGUCCUCCAUGCACCUCAAGAACAACAAAUUAACUCCGUCAUAGAAGUAUGGGAGCUUGCUAUGGAGCCUGGGUUUCUCAUUUAUGCAACCAUCAUUCUAAUAGCUGUCUUAAUUCUCAUCUUCCACUUCGUUCCACUAUAUGGGCAGACACACAUUAUGGUUUACAUUGGUGUUUGUUCCCUUGUAGGUUCUAUAACGGUCAUGAGUGUUAAGGCACUUGGAAUCGCCAUAAAAUUGACUCUGUCUGGGAUGAAUCAACUAGUUUUUCCCCAAACAUGGGCAUUCACUCUAGUUGUGACCGUUUGCGUUCUUACCCAGAUGAAUUAUUUAAACAUGGCAUUGGAUACCUUCAACACUGCAGUAGUAUCUCCAAUAUAUUACGUUAUGUUCACAUCAUUUACCAUUGUGGCUAGUGUUAUAAUGUUUAAGGACUGGGACAGACAAAGUCCGACACAAGUUGUCACAGAGAUGUGUGGAUUUGUGACCAUACUUUCUGGAACUUUUCUUCUUCAUAAGACUAAGGAUAUGGGUGAUGGUUCACCAACAACAUUGCCCGUCAAACUUCCUAAGCAUUCAGAAGAGGAUGACUUUGGUAAUGGUGAAGGGAUUCCCCUAAGACGGCAGGAAUCCUUAAGAGCAACAUGAUAUAAAUAUAUUCUUUUUGACAUGCCAAUUCUCAUACUUUUGUCUCUUGGGGAGGGACCUUGUGAAGUUCACUGUGGAUUUGGGAUAUGGAACAAUGACAGUUUUCCAUCCCCACACCAUCAUAUAUUCAUUUUGUGAUACAGUUGGGAUAUGGAAGGAUGAGAUUAUCCUGUCAUUGUUCUUUUGGCUUCCCUGAUGAUUAUUGAUGUUGCCUUGUACACCUCUCUCUAAGCUCCACACAUCAGAAGACAGAGUCCAAUGUAAUUUUCUGCUCCCCGAUUAUUAUUAUUAUUAUAGUGUAUCUCACUUAAAUCCAUGUAGCUCUGUACCAAAUAUUGAAAAUGUUGUUUAUAUUCUUAUAUACAUUCACUCUUUGCAAUCAUUUGCGAGGAGUCAAUUGAGACUCACAAAAAAUGGGUUUAUUAAUUUA